GAGCACGUCUGAUAGGCGUCGUCAUUCUUCUUCGGGCCAGUUUUUGGUUUUCUGGCUCAAUAUCGGUUGUUUUACGUGUUAGUGGUGUUUCAAUAAAAUCCAUCAGCCAUGGCGCUCAGCGAUGCAGAUGUUCAAAAGCAGAUCAAGCAUAUGAUGGCCUUCAUCGAACAAGAGGCCAAUGAAAAGGCCGAGGAAAUCGAUGCAAAGGCCGAGGAGGAGUUCAACAUCGAGAAGGGUCGCCUCGUGCAGCAGCAGCGACUCAAGAUCAUGGAAUACUAUGAGAAGAAGGAGAAACAAGUUGAACUCCAGAAAAAGAUCCAAUCGUCGAACAUGCUCAACCAAGCUCGUCUGAAGGUGCUCAAAGUACGUGAAGACCACGUACGCAACGUCCUCGACGAGGCCCGCAAGCGCCUGGCUGAGGUGCCCUCCGAUGCCAAGCUCUACUCAGAUCUGUUGGUCACACUUAUCGUACAAGCCCUCUUCCAGCUGAUGGAAUCCACAGUGACCCUCCGCGUCAGACAGGCCGACAAGAGCCUCGUGGAGUCCCUCCUGGGCAAGGCCCAACAGGACUACAAGGCCAAGAUCAAGAAGGACGUCGCUCUCAAGGUGGACAGUGAGAACUUCCUCCCAGCUGACACCUGCGGUGGCAUAGAACUCAUUGCGGCCAAGGGACGCAUUAAGAUCAGCAACACCCUGGAGUCACGCCUGGAGCUUAUCGCCCAACAGCUCCUGCCGGAGAUCCGUACCGCGCUCUUCGGACGCAACCCCAACCGUAAAUUCACCGACUAAACGGUCACCACACACUUGUUACUACUAACAACAUAUUUAAAAGAAAAUCGUAAUUAGUAGAACUAUAAUAAUAUAUUAAUAAGUGUUUUCCUUUGCCUAAUUAAUUAUAAUGCGUACAAUUUUAUCGCUGUUUAGAUGUAACUGUUGAAUGGCCCCCUAAGUCGUCAGAAAAUGUUAAACAUGUGUGUGAUCAUGUGACUUACUGAUUUCUGGCCUCGACUCGCUCUAACUGUACGGAGUUUCGCCUGCUCUUUCUGAUCCAGCUUCUAUUGAGAAAGUAUUUUAUUGUUACAAUUCAUUCUUUAGCAUGUUCUAUGUAUUUUAGAGGAGUAGUUUAUAGGGUUUUGGAAACGAUUUAAUUAAGACAAUGUUACCAUUUUACUAGGUAAUUCAAAAUAGAUAUUGGAUAGUCGUUACUGUUUACUGGCAAAAAUGUCAACGCACUUCCGACAUACAGUAUUACUAAAGCACAACGUGUGACAGUAGAUCGACAUAAUAACUAAUGUACGUGAAAAUGUUAAUUGUAUUCAAUGUUUACCCAGUUCUAUAUGGAUGUUGUUACUGAAUGUUGAUUUGUCGCUUCUUAAUACCCGCCGGAUAGUUGGGAAUAUUUGAAAGUUGUAAGGCCUAGGGUUCACAGCAGCAUCCCAUGCUGUUUUCACCCAAAUCGAGUUAAAGAUUUGGCUGGGCGCAGUGUGGUGUG